AUGACUCUUAAAAAUCUCAUUUAUCAACAUAUUCUAAUAAUUUUUAUUUUAUUUAAACAUUGGUUUCGUACUUUAAUUAAUCUCAUUACUGGUGAUUCUCGACUAAAAGAUUUAAAUUCGGAAAUUAUUCUUAUUACGGGUGCUGCAAGUGGAAUUGGAAAAGGUAUUACUCAACGAUUAGCUCAUCUCGGUUGUACACUUAUUUUAUGGGAUAUUGAUAAAGAAAAUAAUGAUCGUAUUGCUCAAGAAUUAAAUAACACAACAAAUUCAAAACGUAUUCAUUCAAUGAAAUGUAAUUUAACACAAAAGGAAAAUAUAUAUGAAUGUGCAAAAAAAAUUCAAGAAACAAUUGGUCAAGUGACCAUGAUUAUAAAUAAUGCUGGUGUUGUUUCAGGUAAACAUUUUCUCGAUUGUAGUGAUACAUCAAUUCAACGUACAUUUGAUGUUAAUAUUAUGGCUCAUUUUUGGAUUUUAAAAGCAUUUUUACCAUCAAUGAUAGAAAAUAAUCAUGGUCAUAUUGUAACAAUUGCAAGUGGUGCUGGUUUAGUUGGUGCACCACGUAUGGUUGAUUAUUGUUCAUCAAAAUUUGCUGCUGUUGGUUUACAUGAAGCAUUAACACAUGAAUUAUAUAGUUUAAAAAAAUAUGGUAUUAAAACAACAGUUGUUUGUCCAAGUUUUAUUAAUACAGGAAUGUUUGAAGGUGUUGGUACAAGUGAUAUUGCUCCAAUGUUACAACAAGAUAAUGUAUGUGAUCUAAUAAUUGAAGCUAUACGAAAAAAUCAACAUGUGUUACUUAUACCAAAAUCAUUACAUAUUUCUCUUAUUUUAAGCAGAUUGGCACCAACAUCUGCUGAACUUGAAAUACAAGAUAGAAUUGGUUUUCAUCGUUCAAUGGAUACAUUUAUUGGUCGUCAUCAAAAAUCUUCUUAA